AUGUUAGAGUUACGCAGUGCACUAGCUGCCUUUUUUGAUCUGGCGGCUAGGACUGGUGAAUUUUCUUACCCCACUUCCGCACACCCUACGGUCGAGGACUGGCUUACGAUUCGGUGCUUAGUCACAUUACUUGAGCCUUUCGCCAAAGCUACCGAUGGUUUGGGAGGACAGAAGAAGCUAAACAACGCCAAUAUUUUUGAUCCGAUCAUUCGAUCUGUUGCUAACGAAGAAUUUGGUCCUCGAGUGGAGACAUUAAUGCAUUCAGUCAGAGAAACGUACAUAGAGCUCUUUUCCAAGCGGUUUAAGGACAGCUUACCGCCGGAUUUGCUGUGGAUUUCAGUGCUGGACCCACGGUCAGCCGAGCUGAAGCACUUGAGUCAUGGUGAAUCUACACUUGCUGUAUCUCGACUCAAAGUUGCAGCUUUUGAGAUGGCAAAAGAGAUAAAUACAAACAAAUCCACGGUGGGAUGGACGAGUAUGUGGAAGAACCGCUCAGUGUUGCCGACGAUAUGCUGA